GGCGGCUGUUGGUGCGGAAGGCGGGGACGGCGGCGACGGUGGCAGCAGCGGAUCCAGGCUGCCGGGUAGCCGGAGACGGUCAUGAGCUCCCCCCGCGCCGCGGCUGUGCCGGCGGGCGUCCCCGUGGGGCCGCGCCCUUGUUAGAGUACAGAUUACAGCGUCAUGGCAGGGAGGAAUCAGAAUCGGACUGUUUCCCUCCCAGGGAUUCAGGCCAGUGGUCAGGUACACACUUUUGGAAAUUGUACAGACAGUGACAUGCUGGAAGAAGAUGCUGAAGUGUAUGAACUUCGAUCCAGGGGAAAGGAGAAGGUUCGAAGAAGCACAUCGAGAGAUAGACUUGAUGACAUUAUUAUAUUAACAAAAGAUAUACAGGAAGGAGACACGCUAAAUGCAGUAGCCCUUCAGUACUGUUGCACGGUAGCAGACAUCAAAAGAGUUAACAAUCUCAUCAGUGAUCAAGACUUUUUUGCUCUUAGGUCUAUAAAAAUUCCAGUUAAAAGGUUUAGUUCUUUGACUGAAACUCUUCAUCCUCCGAAGGGAAGACAAGGCUUGCAUCCUCCCCCUGCUCCGUGUGUUGAAGAACAGGAAAUGGUGCCAGCCGAUUCUUUUUCUUCCAGUGAGUCAGCUGGAAGCUUCCUGAAAGAAGUGGAUCGAGACAUAGAGCAGAUAGUAAAGUGUACAGACACCAAGAAGGAGAACCUGAAUGAGGUGGUGUCUGCCUUAGCAGCACCACAGAUCCGAUUUGAACAUGCUAACAAAAGCCUUCACCGAAAGGAUCCAUAUUUUGGAGCAGACUGGGGAAUUGGUUGGUGGACGGCUGUGGUGAUAAUGUUGAUAGUGGGUAUAGUAACGCCGGUGUUUUAUUUGCUGUAUUAUGAAAUUUUGGCUAAGGUGGAUGUUAGUCACCACUCAACGGUGGGUUCUUCAUCCUUGCAUCCAGGACUCACAGCUCCAUCACAGCCCAGAGAAAUGGAGAAUGCCAUCACUGCCACGAAAGGGAUACACACCGGUCAGCAGGAUGACCACAGACUGUACAGGCGAGACCCUCAGUCACCUGACGCCCAACACAAGACCUGACGCUGAGCUUCCAUCAGCACUAAUGACAACGUGUGCGCGCGGAAUAUGGUCAUUCACCUACGGCUGUUCACUGCUUCCAGGCCGGAAUCCAGGAUCAAAGACACUUUGUUUUUACCUUCCUAAAAGUCCCUGAGCUCUUUUACAAAUGGAUGGUCUAUAACCUGCAUUUGCUACUUUAUAUUGAAACUGGUCAGUCCAUACAUCAAUUUUUAAAGCAGAAAUUAAUUUAAAUGUAUGUCUAGGAAUUCUGACUUAGAAGAUGCUAUCAUUUUUAGUAUUCAAGGUUAGGUAUGUUUAAAUUUUAUCUUUAAAAGAUUAAUUUUUAAUUAAGGUUUAAGGUUGUUGAUGUCCAGUGUCUCAAAUGCUUACCACUGAAACUUUGCUUACCUUACCUGCUACCAAAAUGCUAGUUGUAAAAGUUUUGAUUCUAAAAUUAUUUAUGAUACCAAGUACUUAAUACUCAAAUUUGAAACUUUAAAAUCAUAUUUAGUGUAAUGUAGAAACAGAUAUAAAAACAUAAUCUAUAAUUUGUGUAACAAAGGCUAAGAAAUAGAUUAAAAAUUUUAAGACCCCAAAAUAAUGUCUUAGGGUUGGAAACUUACCAGUUAAUCACAAGGACACUGAAAUAGGUCAAGACAUAUUCCUUAAAAAAAAUUUUUUUAAAGGAAUGUUUUAUAACCAGCCCAUUAGCCUCACCUCCACCUAUUUUUAAAAAUACUUGUAUGUGCUAUUUGAAAGCACUUUUUAUAGUUCUUUAAUGACGUGAUGUACCAAAAAGCAUACUCAGCAAAUUCCCCCUUACAUACUAUGACUGAUUAUUGCUGUUAAAAAUUGUAACAUGCCUUAAUUAUACUCAAGCCUUACAGUGUCACUUUAUAUAAGUUCAUGUACACUUUCCAGUUAAAGUUGAAACAUUGUGUCAGAUUUCAUUCCACAGCGUAUCAUUCCAUAGCCUAUGUAAAUUUGUCUGUCUUCACUUUAAAGCAUAAGUUAAUGGAGUAAAAACAAAUUUGUACUAUCUGCCUCUGAAGUUUUGCAGAAAAAAAUGAUUUAGUAAGCAAAAAUGAGUAAGCAGGACUUUUACAGUUGCAGUAAGACAGAUUGAUUUAUUUGGUGACCGCUUGAUCUCUGCUUUUCAAAAACAAAAUGUCAGAUUUCAAUUAUCCCCACCUAAUCUGCACCAUUAAAUUGAGAAACACAGGCCAAAGUUGUGUGGAUUGGUCAAAAGGGCUUAAGAGUGGCAUUUUCUGAAUCUGUUGUGGGACGACUAAUUUGGCUAAGAAGUAUUCGCAUACUGAAUUCAAUGUAAGUAUGUGUUUUAAAAAUAUACGUGCACGUAAUGGAUUGCACGUUUUCUGGAUACUAAACUCCAUACUUUAAAAUAUGUUACAUCACCUCAUUUUCUGGACAUUGUUUCCUAAAUCAGUGUUUCAGCUUUUUAAAUGUUGUGUAUAUAAAAUUCAAAUCGUGAUACAAGGAAUUAUUAAUACAUAUUUGUUAUAUUUGGGGUUUUAUAUGCUUCAAGAAGAAAAAGCAUUACAAAAAAGACAGACACAAAAGUCAGUCAUUUUAAAGCCCUUACAUGUAUCAGAAAAGUUUUAGAAAAUUUCCUUUAAAAUACUUAAUAGGACAGUUCUAGUACAUUGAUUCCUUUAGUAAAUCUUAGUUAAAAUAAUUUUAGUUGUUUUUAAGAUGCCAUGUGCAUUUUGAAAUUUUAACUAUGCUCAGUGUUAACACAUCCAGUUUACAUUGUAUUUAUUCAGCCUGCUGAAAAAUUGAGUUUUAGGGUAAGAAAAUACAGAUUUCAGGGCAGAAUAGGCUACAUAACCUUUGAAGACUUUUGUUUACAUCAAGCAGAUUAAAUUACAGAAUUGUGAUUCUUUUUUUUUUGCUGGUUUUACUUUGGAAUUGUAAUUGAAGGAUCGGAUAACUUAUUUUUAAAGGAGGAGGUAUAUUUAUUUGCUGGUUAAAAUAAUUUCUGUCUUGAGGCACAUCGUUUUUGAAGGAAAUACAACAUACAUCCCUAGGAAACAACCAAGCAAUUAGCUUUGCCUAUAUAUUUUAGAAUUAUUAGUUGAAUAUAAUUCUAUAUAGAAUUAUGCUUUCAUCUUCAAAAGAAAAAUGUAAGCAUUUAGUAGAAUUUUGGCAACUGCAAACUACAUUGUAAACAAUUGUCAUUGUUUGCUACUGUGGAUCAUGUUCAAGCCCUUACUUGAAUUUGCUUUGAGGCUUUAAUUUUUUUAUGUGUGCAUGUGUGUGCGCUGUUAUAAACCCAACAGAAUUGAGUUAUAGUCAUUGAGUUUAUUAGUUCACUUAAAAAUUUGGAAUUCCAAGUAAAGAAACAUCUGAUAUCGUUACAGGAAAAAUUCAUGGCUCUGUAAAGACUAGGUACAUGGUUGAGUUUGUUUUGAACCAAUGGAUAGAUAUUUGAAUAUUUUCACUGUGCCCCCUACAAAGCUGGCCAUGUUAUGAACUAAGAAGUCUCUGAUCUCAGAUUUUCUUUUUGGUGGAGUUUGAUUGUUAAAGCUUUUUUAUGGGCUCUGCUUUUUGGUUUAUUAAGUGAAACACUCUUUAGUAAUUGAUUAUUUCUCUUUAGUAAAAAGACCUAGCAUUACCUCAGUGAAAAUGCGAAGGCUAUGGCUGCAAGUAGAAGUGGAGACCCAGUCUCAAGCGUAUCACAGAGCUGUUAUGUAAACACUGCAUUAUCAUGGGAUUCUUUCUGAUUUUGAAUUACAACAUUGUUGCUCAGGAAAUCAGUAUUUUUUCUAAGUAUGUGCAUAUUGCACUGUUAGACCAUAGAAAAUUAUAAAUGCUUUAUUUAAUUCAUUUUAUGUAUGAAAAGCUAAAAUUUUUUUGUAUAAUGUAUUUUAUAUAAUUGCAAAUAUAUUAAACCAUUGUUAGCAUGUACAUCUGUAAAACUGGUUUUUAAACUUUUUUGCCUUGUUUUUCAUAUUUAAGGAUAUGCAAAUUAUAAUAAACUUUCUAUUUUAUUAAUCAA